CUAAUUUCGGAACGCUCGAAAAAGAAUCGCGUCAAGGUCGGUGAUAGUGAAAGUGACUGGAUAGCCGGCGAUUUUAAUCAGUGCUGUAAUAAAAUUGGCUGCAAGUACACGGCGGAAACAUGUCCGAACUACUCGACGCAAUACCUGAUGUGGACAUCGAUGACAACGGGAAGUUCAAGUACAUUUUAAUCCAUGUAUUCGACGCCGAGAAGGAUACAGUCAAGACCAUCGUCAGAGGACACCUCAGAGAGUAUCAUGCACACAUAUACGAGGAAGUGGAGGAGAAGAUUCUCAAAGAAACGGCACCACGUCUUGAAACUGAAUGCAUAGGCGGUGGAUUCAUCGAGCACAAACCUGCGGAUAAGAAGAUCAAAGUUUACGGCAGGUCAAUGGGCUUUGGCAAAGCUGACCACGACGUCGCCGUCGAGCUCUUGAAGAAGGCUUAUCCCGACUACGAGGUCAUCACAACUAACGAGGAAUAGUCGUUCUGACGUGUACAUACUUAUUUUUCCCUUAUUUGUAUGUACUCUUUUAUUCGUGUGCGUUAUCCUGUCUUGUGCUCCUCCUUUGACCUUGAUAUUUAAUAAAACAACCAUUAGAUCCUGGACUGAACCUCAUCCAGCUACCUACUCCUGUUCCAAGUUAUGAUGAUAUCGACAACGAUGUUGAUAUUACCCAAUAACAGAGGCUCUCGCUGAAAUAAAUAUCCCUACUUGCAUUAUUAUAUAUCUGUCGUUGAGAAUAAUGUGUUUGCAAUACAAUACACCUUCAAUGUACUGACUACAGACUAGAAUAUGUGUCAACCUACGCCCCAAGCAACUAUCGACAAUGAAGUAAAUCCAGUUUCUCCGCAGCCCUUCAUGUUGCAAAAAGUAUACCUAGAAAUUAGGUUGCAAUGUAAACCUCAGGUUACCAUUGCCGUGAAAUUACGGGAGUACAGAGUAUACAA